AUGCGGUCUCUGACUAUCCACGGCCUGUUGGCCUUGGCAGCGCUACCUCAGCUGGGCUUUUCAUCCGCCAUUGAGCGCCGCCAGACAUUAUCCAACACGGCUACAGUCGACCUCUCCAAGGGUCGUGGGUCGCCGAAGCACUUGGCUUCUGGGUUUAUCUACGGUAUUCCGGACUCCGGGUUUGGCCAAUCCCCAACUCAGAUCCCUGAUCACUUCUACACUGACAUGGGCUUCAACUAUGCCCGUGCCGGAGGCGCACAGAUGAACGAAGGCGGCUGGGUCCAGGGCCUUCAAGCCUAUGCCGCGCGUUUCAAUUCGACCAAACAGAACUAUCUGACCUCUCGCAAGUUUGGUGCCAGGUUCCAGCUCUUGCCCCACGAUAUCUGGGGCACUGAUCAUGCAACCUCAUCUACGGCCUGGCCUGGCGAUAAUGGCGAUUGGACAGAUUACGACAAGUUCUUGAAUCAAUUGCUUGGUGACUUGCAGUCUAAUAACAUGUUGGACGGCUUAGAUAUCGACAUCUGGAACGAUAUUAUUUCUGACACAGAACACACAGAGCAGAUGGUAGCUUUUGGAGCCGCAGCCAAGAUCAGUAUCUGCAGAUGUGGAAGCGCACAUACCAACGCAUUCGAUCCUCCUCCGCAUUUAAAAAUGUGCCCCUGGUCGGUCCCUCCAGUGCUGGACAGCCUUAGACCUCAAACAGUUGUUCCCGACCAGUGGACGUGGCAUGACGAACCGGGCGAUGUGGCCAAUGACCAUGGUAACUGGCAAACACUUCGUCAGCAGUACAAUGCGCCCGACAACCAAGUCAACAUCAAUGAAUACGCCGUCUUCUCACAGCAGGUUGCGACAGGUGCAGCCUGGUGGAUCUCACGUCUUGAGCGAUACAACUACAUCGGGCUUCGCGGAAACUGGCUCAGCACAUGCGGCUUGCACGACUUCAUGGCAUCUCUGCUAGGCAAGUCCGACGACAACAGCUGCACUGCUGGAGGGUAUGUCCCCAACGGCGAGUACCAAGUCUACAAGUAUUACAACCUGAACAUGACUGGCACUCGAGUUACCACGACUGGGAGCGGGGACGGGAAGCUGGACGUGUACACAACUAUUGGAACAGACAAGGUUCGCGUUUUGACCGGCGUGGAUAUCGCUACUGGCACGUGGUACAUCACCAUCAACAACCUCAGCUCCGUGGGUCUCCCGACUUCAGGCAGUCUCGCUAUUCAUACUUAUGGAUUUGUUGAUGAUGGCCACUAUGGAGGAGUCUCAGCUCCAACUGAUCGAGGAGUGUAUUCGCAUACAUACUCUGGCAACUCCGUGACGUUUCCAGUUUACCAGACGGAUGUUGAUAAGAACACUGCUUGGGCUUUUGAGUUUGCAGUUGGUCAUUGA